CCUCUCCGUUUUAGUUUUUGUCAAAUGACACACUAGUGCCUUUCUGAUAAUAUGCUACAAAAAAAUGUUUAGUGCACUCCAAGGAUUCUUUAUGCUUGGAUAUUUAAAGGCUGCCUUUGUCAUGAUGAUUGCAUCCACCCCGGCCAGCUAAAAGGCUAGUAUCUCUCUCCGGUGCAACUCAUUAAUCUCACCUGCUGGAACAAACACCUGCUUACUUAGCCUGUCUCCAUGCAAAACUUCAGUUGGCUGGAAUCCAACCUGUCUCACAUGCUCCUCUCAUCAUCACUUUCCUCUUUCCCUCACUUCCUCAGCUCUCCCAAAGAGUCCAAAUGUAAUUUUUCUUUGGCCAAGCUCAUGUUGCUGUACCAAGCUAGAAAUGGGACAUCCUUCAACUGGACAGAUAGCCAAAUAGUUGAGUGGGAGAAGUUUGCUGAGCUGGCUAAGUACGAACCAGAGUCACAGAAGCCCACUGUGAAGGCUCUUCUCAUUGUGGCCUACACAAUCAUCAUUGUUGUGUCUGUCUUUGGUAACUUGCUGGUGUGCCAUGUGGUGAUGAGGAAGAAGAGGAUGCACUCGGCCACCAGCCUCUUCAUUGCCAACUUGGCAGUGUCAGAUAUCAUGAUCACCCUGCUCAACACACCCUUCACCUUGGUUCGGUUUGUGAACAGCACGUGGGUCUUUGGGAAAACCAUGUGCCACGUCAGCCGCUUUGUGCAGUAUUGUUCUCUCCACGUCUCCACCCUGACUCUGACAGCUAUAGCCUUGGACCGGCAUCAGGUAAUCCUUAACCCACUCAAGCCAAGGAUGUCACUGACCAAAGGAGCACUGACCAUUUCUGGCAUUUGGGUGAUGGCAGCCUGCUUUUCCUUGCCCCAUGCAAUCUACCAAAAGCUUUUUGAGUAUCAUUAUAGGGAAACAACCGUUCGUAGCUUGUGCCUCCCUGAUUUUCCUGAGCCAGCUGAGCUGGUGUGGAAAUACAUGGACCUUUCCACUUUCCUUCUCCUAUACCUCUUGCCCCUCAUCAUCAUUUCCAUCACUUACACACGGCUGGCCAAGAAGCUCUGGUUGCGCAAUGCAGUUGGGGACAUCACCACAAAGCAGUACGUCAUCCAUCACAAGAACAAGAAGAGAAGCAUCAAAAUGCUCAUGCUGGUGGUGGUGGUUUUUGCUGUCUGUUGGUUCCCCCUCAAUUGUUACGUGCUGCUCAUCUCCAGCAUGGGCAUCAAAACAAAAAACUCCCUUUAUUUUGCUCUGCAUUGGUUUGCCAUGAGCAGUACUUGCUACAAUCCUUUCAUCUACUGCUGGCUGAACGAAGGCUUCCGUUCCGAGCUCAAGUCCUUGUUUGCCAUGUGUUGGAAGACACCACAGAAGCAAAGCAACCUCAUUCCAGGAGUGAUCUUGCCUUAUCGAGAAGCAUGGAUGGAACAAGCCAGAUACAAGCAAAGGUCUUCUUUACAGACCAUUCGCUCAACCACAAAUGUGCAGACAUUCAACACAGACUUGUGAGUUGGGCCAAGCAAGAUCUUCAAGAGGACAGCCGAUGUGGUGACCUCCAUAUGGUGGUGGUGUGUCCUGAAUAUCAGAGGGGAAAAUAUUCAUUUUGAUCCCAGAAGCCUUUGCACUUACGCUUAAGUAUCCUUAUUGUGACACCUUGUGCUUCUCUGAAACAUUUCAGACUCUUGCUAUUUAAACCUUAUUAUUGUUCCUUUAUCUCUCCUGGUGAAAUGGUGCAAGUACCGUGCAAAAGUUACAUGGAUUUAUUCUCAUUUUAACCUUGAUUAAAUAGCAUGGUUUUUAGAUGUUUUGCCUUUCACCCAACUUUCAGCGUUCUGUUAAGUCAAUUGCAGAGUCAAAACAAGAUUCAGACCUUAGGUUUGUAACACAUUCCAUAGCUUAGGCAGAAUGAUCUAUCACAGAUAAGGACCUGGAAGAAGGAGAGCUGAUCACCUAGCAAACUGUUUACUGAUUAUGAUGACCACUGGAGGUGUAUCUAUUAGGGCAAACGGAGCAGAGCCCUAGUUAAAAGGGGGAAAUACAUUUUUACCAAGAAUCCAGAAGCCACACUCUCUCUUGUCCCUGUUGCUGCCAGUUGUUCAGCCAGGCAAGGAGCCUUUGCUUUGUAAUAAAAACAUAUUUAAAACAAUUAAAACAGCUACUAACCAACCACUAAACGCCUACAUCUAUGCAUCUAAACAGAAACGUUUUAAGCAGGUGCCAGAAGCAGCACAGCGCAGUCCCUGAUGUCUAUAGGCAGGGAGUUCCAAAAAGCAGGUGCUGCCACACUGUAAGAACCAUUUCUUACAAGUGUGGAACGAGUAUCAUGUGGAACCUGCAACAGUGCCUGUUCCACAGAGCAAAGUGCUCCAGUGGGCGCACAUGGAGUAAGGUGGUUUGACUUGAGCAUAAGGUCAGUGUGUAGCUGCCGCCGGUAGUGGAAACUGGAAAUAACCACUCUCUGCAUUUAUUUAUUGAAUUUAUAUCCCACCCUUCUUCUUGAAGGGUGGCAAACAUAGCCAAACAAUUUAACAAAAGAAAAAAGAAAAAAAGCAUUCUAAAACACAGUUAAGAACAUUCCAAAACACUAUUGCAAUUAAAAACAUACUAAAGCACAGUUAAAACCAUUAUUUCAUCAGUGAGGUUGCCAGGAACAGUCCCCUUCAGCCAUCAAAUGCCUGGGUAAACAGGAACCUUUUCAAAUUCCUCUUAAACAGCCCUGUAGCCACCUUUCCUUGUUAGGUGGGGCAGUCACAUUUCUAGAUGGGACAUUUUGUGGGGGAGGUGCAUAGAGUCAUCCAAUCCCCCCUCACUAGUGGAAUGGAUGUGAAGGCCAGGUCAGGGGGAGGGAAGGGCGGUGACCUUCCCUGUCACGACUUCUCCAUUCAGAGAGUGUGUUAACUUACAUGAAUGAAGCUUAAUCUGUUUUUGUCUCAUCCUUUUUUGAGAGAUCCCCAGGAAUACUAGACUCAAAAGCUUGACUUUAUCUAUUGCUACAGUCCUCUUUCACCUGUGGUCUGUCCCUGUUUUCUGAUUUUUCAUGAACUUCACUACUUUGGUAAAGACAGUGAGCUUGGCUUUAAUUCUGCAUUAGGUGUGUCAAUUUUAGAUUCCACCCAAAAAACCAAACUUGUCCAUACUGCAAGUUUAGGGAAGGGCAGAGAAAAAAUAAAUACUAUAGGGUGUGUUUGUUAACUCCUCCUUGAGAGUCCUAAUCUUGGUCCUAGCCUUUAGAGUUUCCUUCCUUUUGGACAAUCACGGGAAAACCCUUUAACUGGCUGCUAUAUAAAAAAACUGACUAAGCAAUUGGAAACUAAUUGUGGAAAGCAACUGGAAUUUUUUUUCUGGUUGCUGGGUUGAUUUUUCUGUCUAGAAACCCUGAAAAGGCCUCAUGUUAAGCUGCACAUAUUGGGAAAAUCAAAAAUUAGGCCCAAGUUACAGCCUAGGUGGCCAGUCAGCCAGCCAGCCAGCUAACUGUAAUGUACACAGCAAUAUUUCUAUUCCGCCAGGACCUCAUCCUUUGCAUGAAGUACUCAAGAAAAGAGGAUUACUAGUGCUCUAAAAGAGUAAAGGGUAACUUAGGGUACCACUUUCCCCAGAUCAUGUUAAGUCAUCUCUUUAUUUCACCCUUUAGCAAUAAGCAUCUAAUCCUGCUGUACUCAUCAAAAUAAUUGCAGAAUAAACAAACUCUUACUUACUGCAGGCAAACAAACAUGCUUCUUUAUUGCUGGUUGGGUAGACUGAAAAUGAAAAGCAGAGCCCAGGAAAGUCCAAGGGAUGGAGUCUAAUUCUAGCCCAUAAUACAAAGUUUUAAUAUUUAACUCUUCAAGGGUCAUGUUUCUAUACAGACUUUUUUUGGGGGUGGGAUCCUUUCAAUAAUUAUAGGUGACUGUGAUCAUGAAAAAUCCACCCUCAGUCAGUGUGAGAGCAUGGGUGUUGCAGACCAUACAGGGGAAGUACUAACAAACCCAGUGCAACACUAUGUUUCACUUAGGUAUGCUUCUCAGAGGUUUGCCACAAUACUAAAUCAUUGAACCAAGAGGUCAGAAGGCACUUCUACAGACUUUCUUUGGAUGCUCACUUCUUUCAUUUUCUUGGUGCAAAUCAGUCAGCAGACUAAGACCAUAUUUGAAUUCUGAUGUUCCAGUCACAUGGUUUUCUUACAGGAAAAAGGUUGUGUUUGGGUAGGGUAGAUACCCACAUCAACUACAACAAAAUCAGUGUUUUUAUUUUGUGUUCACACAGGCAGGGCCGGCUCCAGGAAUGCCAGGGCCCUUGGGCAUCAGCCUGCCCGGGGCCCCUCCG